AUGGCGGACACGAGCGAUACCUUUUACAUGAGAUACUACUCCGGCCACUCUGGACGCUUUGGCCAUGAGUUUCUCGAGUUCGACUUUCGCGUAGUUGGCGACGGCCGCAGUGCGAUCGCGCGGUACGCCAACAACUCGAACUACCGAAACGACAGCUUGAUCCGCAAAGAGAUGUGUGUCAGCUCGCUGGUUAUUGAAGAGAUCCGGCGCAUCAUCAAGUCGAGCGAGAUCAUGAAGGAAGACGACUCGAAGUGGCCGCAGAAGAACAAGGACGGGCGCCAGGAGCUCGAGAUUCGUCUCGGCAACGAUCACAUUUCCUUCGAGACGGCCAAGAUUGGCUCCCUCGUGGACGUGACCGAGUCAGCGGACCCGGAAGGCCUGCGUGUCUUCUACUAUCUGGUGCAGGACCUGAAGGCGUUGGUAUUCAGCCUAAUCGCCCUUCACUUCAAGAUCAAGCCGAUCUAG